GAAUGAAAAUUGGCGGGAAGAGAGUCUACUUGAGGGAAUAUGUUCGAUGUUGGAAAUAUUCAUCUUCAUGCAUCUUGUAUUAUUUGAAAACUCUUUCAUUUAGACACUUCAGCAAUGGCUCAAAGGGGAAUAGCAGCGUUUUUCUCUCCGAGUACCAAACCGAAGACUAACUUUAAACCAAAAAGAGACGAAGUAAACGACCAGGACUUGUCGAGCAGUAAAGAUGUUGACAUGAAAGAGAGGACCCCACUGAAGUUCAAAACUCAGUCUGUGGAUACUGACUCACCACCUGUCAAAAAGGCUCGACAACAAAAAUCCCGUCGGAUACUUGAGGAUAGUAGUGAUGAAGAAAAUAAUGGAGUGGAUGACAAUCACUCCUCAGCCAACCAAAAUGGACAUGUGAAGAACAACGAAAAGGCUAAUGAAGGGCAAGAUGGUGAUACUGCUGGAGUAGAUGGUGAAGCUGAAGAUGGUAAUGAAACAAGGAAGUUUAUUAAAGUUAUAUCGCCCCAAAAUAAGCCAACACUUAUCCCUAAGAGAAAGACAGCAAGGAAACCUGGAAAAAGGAAGGCUUCAAGUGAAGACGAAUCUUCAAGUGGGAAUAAGGCACAGGCAAUUAAAAGAGCUAAGUCCGAGCAGCCUUCAUUAGAAAACAAGAAUAAAAUCCCUAGCGAGGAUAAUGAGCCAGUACAAAGUAAAGUGGAUGAAGAAAGAACAGAGACAGGAAGCGUAUCAAACACUGAUAUUAAAGGUGGAGGUAAAAGAGUGGGUGAUGUUGAACAAACAGAGGUAGAAGGGCAAAAUAAUGUGAAAAGAGAAUGUGAAUCUGAAAAUGAAAGCAAGGAGGAGAAGACAGCAACAAAAAACACUAGCAAUAAGAAAGCAGAAAAAAGAAGAGAUUCAAAGAAAACAAAGGAUAAAAAUCAUAAGGGAGACACGACUGAGAAGAAAGAAGAGGAUACAUUGUCGGAAAGCAGUGGUGAUAUUGAGAUGGCCUCUACUGAAGAAGAAAAACACCAGAAUAGGAAAGAAGACAGAAGUCACAAUGGAGGUAAAGAAGAUAUUGACAAAGAUGACAAGGUGGAAAGUGCAAAAAAUGGUGAAACAAAGAAAAAAGGUAGCACCAGCAUUCAAAGAACAAAAGAUGAAAUAAAGAUGGAGAACAAGAGAGAUCAGAAAAAAGAGCCACUAAGUAAAAAUCAGGAUGACAAGAAUGAAAAAAAGACCAAGGGAGGGUUCAGUGACUUCUUCUCUCCAAAGAGAUCCAGAAAGGCAGAUAAUAAAGAUCAAACGAUUAGAGAGAAGAGUAAAAGUGAGCAAAACAGUCAAUCAUCAAAGGAAAAAAGUUCGACAAACAAAAUGUCUGAUGAUGAAGAAUGUGUUGGACCUGUCAAAGCCACAGAAUAUUCACCAGAGAAGAACUACUACCACCCCAUAAAACAUGCCUGUUGGAAACAUGGAGAGAGAGUACCAUACUUAGCCGUGGCAAGAACAUUUCAGGCCAUAGAAGACACCUCUGCAAGGCUAAAGAUCACUUCCAUCCUCAGCAACUUCUUUCGUUCAGUUAUUGCUUUGUCACCUGAUGACCUACUGCCCUGCGUUUAUCUCUGCCUCAACAAGUUGGCUCCAGCAUAUGAAGGAAUUGAACUUGGCAUUGGAGAAAACAUUCUGAUGAAAGCUGUUGCAGAGUCCACAGGACGGAGCCUGCAACAGAUCAAGUCUGAUGUUGGAGAAAAGGGAGAUUUAGGGAUAGUAGCUGAGUCUUGCCGUAGCACACAGCGCACCAUGUUUGCUCCACCCAAGCUCACUGCUGAGGGUGUCUUCACCAAACUAAAGGACAUUGCUAUGAUGACAGGACAUAGUUCCAUGACAAGAAAGUCAGAAAAAAUUAAAGGCAUGUUUGUUGCUUGUCGGGAUGCAGAAGCAAGAUACUUAAUUCGAUCUCUAGGUGGCAAGUUAAGGAUUGGUCUUGCUGAACAGUCUGUGUUAAUAGCACUGGGACAUGCUGCCUUUCUCACUCCUCCAAGCAAAGAGUUUCCCCCUCCCAUAAUUGACAAUGGAAAGAAUUUUUCUGGGGAUGAAUUGAAAAAGAAACAAGACGAGGCUGCUUUAAUUGUCAAGACCUGUUACUGUGAAAUGCCUAACUACAAUAAACUCAUUCCAUCCAUCCUGGAUCAUGGCUUGGAGACGCUGCCAAAACAUUGCCACCUGACUCCAGGCAUCCCUCUUAAGCCUAUGCUGGCUCACCCAUCAAAGGGAGUAGAGGAGGUGUUUAAACGCUUUGAAAAUGCUGCAUUCACUUGUGAAUACAAGUACGAUGGUGAACGAGCACAGAUCCAUAUACUUGAGAAUGGAGAAAUUCACAUUUACAGCAGAAAUCAAGAAAACAGUACAUCCAAGUAUCCCGACAUUAUUGAAAGAAUACCAAAGGUUUUGGGUGAUGGUGUAAAGUCCUGCAUAAUUGAUGCUGAAGCUGUGGCGUGGGACAGAGAAAAGAAACAGAUUUUACCAUUUCAGAUUCUCAGUACACGAAAAAGAAAGGAUGCUGAUGCCUCUGAGAUUAAAGUUCAAGUCUGUGUUUAUGCAUUUGAUUUGUUGUAUCUUAAUGGAAAAUCGUACAUCAAGGAACCUUUUCGAGCUCGCAGAGAAGCUCUACGGUCAUCAUUUACAGAAGUUGAAGGGGAAUUCGUGUUUGCUCAUAGUUCUGACUCAGUCAACACGGAUGACAUUGCUGAAUUUUUAGAUGACUCCAUCAAGGGUAAUUGUGAAGGUCUGAUGGUGAAAACUCUUGAAGUAGACGCCACCUACGAAAUCGCCAAACGUUCGCACAACUGGUUAAAGUUGAAAAAAGACUACUUGGCUGGUGUUGGAGACACAAUAGAUGUUGUAGUAAUUGGAGGUUAUUUGGGUAAAGGCAAAAGAACUGGUUCAUAUGGUGGAUAUCUACUGGCCUGCUAUGAUCCUGAGAAUGAAGAGUUCCAGACUAUCUGCAAGAUUGGAACCGGGUUUACAGACGAGUUACUUGACAAGCAUCAUCAAUUUUUCAAAGAUCACGUGAUUUCACAACCGAAGGCCUAUUAUCGGUAUGAUGACAGCCUGGCUCCUGAUCAUUGGUUUGACGCAGUGCAGGUGUGGGAAAUCAGAGCAGCAGAUCUUUCCAUCUCUCCAGUCCAUAAAGCGGCGGUCGGCCUGGUUGAUCCCGUCAAGGGGAUUUCGCUGCGAUUUCCUCGCUUUUUAAGAACCCGCGACGACAAGAAACCAGAACAAGCCACAGACAGCUCACAAGUUGCCGAAAUGUACAGAAGUCAAGAAACCGUGAAAAAUAACACGAACCCUCCAGCAGCAACAGACGCCUCUGAUGACUUCUACUGAGGCGGCGGCAAAGGCUCUGGUGGCGGGAAAAAUUGACGCGUGGCAUACUAUUUCCCGCCCGCGCCAAAACCUUGCCAGUGGACAGCACAUCGAC